UUUCUUUUUUGUUGUGUAUUGAUAGCACACGCUUUGGCCUUGGCAAAAAAGAAAAUCGGUUGAGAAAUGAGCAAGUUAUGACUUAUUUUCAAUGUCCAUUCAUUGCCUUCUAUGGGAAGGACGACCUCCCCAACAUGGCCGCGGCGUAGGCACGUCAUUUAGCAGGGUUGCUACGGCGCGCUGGUGUUUCUACUGUUCAUAUCGAUGAGAAAUACUAUCGCUACAAAUGGAGCAGAACGAUACUGUCACCUUGUAGCCUUUCACAGGUUUUAUGGAGCGGGUGGAGAGACAAGCAUCUGGUGGCCGUCUUUUAUACCGCCGCAAGAUGGCAGCCGAGAUACGUGCCGUAAAACGACCAUCGAAGGAGAAAAGAGAUCAAGAGACGCCACGAAAACAACGCGAAGGCGGCCAGGUUUAACAGAACGAUGACGUCGGUCGAGGACAACGAGCGUCAGCGAAAACGGCUGGAAGCCGUUGGUGAGACUCCCAUCGUGUUGUACAGCCAAGACGUCCAGCAGCUGAUUGGUUGUCAGGAAGAGCUUCCACCUCAGCAGACCCCUCACAUUAAAGAGGAGGAAGAGGAUCCACAGUCUCCUCACAACGAAGAGGAGGCUCAACUGCCUCCUCACAUUAAAGUGGAAGUGGUGGAGGCUGAUGUCAGCGAGUUUCCACUGACUGGUGUGUCUGUGAAGAGUGAAAACUGUGAUGAAAAUCCACCUGAGUUGUCACAGCGUCGUCACAGCAACACACAACACAUGACCGCAGGGCCUGAUGUAGACCACCCUGGGGGACCACCACCGGACAACCUCUUGGCGCCACUGUCAGACAGUGACGACAUGGAAGUUACAAGCGAUUCAGACCCUGAAUGGUCUAAAAAGGGCACAAGUCAAAGUUCUCAAAUGCCCUGUAAACGUCGCAAACCGAAACGUUUUCGUUGCUCCGUUUGUGGUCAGAGAUUUCUUCGAGAACCGCAUUUGGCUAGACACAUGAGAAAGCACACAGGAGAAAUACUUCGUUGCUCAGCUUGUUUUAAAGGGUUCCUUCAUAAGCACGCUUUGGUUAAACACAUGAAAAUACACAUGGGAGAGAAAGCUGCUAGUUGUUCAGUUUGGGAUAAAGGGUUCAUUAAAAAGUCAAAUACAGCCAAACCUCGGUUCGCGAACGACCCUGUUCUCGACCAAAUAUUUUUGGACAAUCCUUGCAUCGGUUCACCCACGAUGCUUGAUUUGGCGAACAGUCGCAGCAUUGAGGCAGAAUGCUUAGCUGUGCCAUCUCUCGCACAGUGUGAAGGUUCUCUGAGUGCUGCAGACAAUUCGGGUAAUUUAGCCCUCAGUACGUCCCCAAAGCAACUGAAAACUGUUAGCGAUGGUAUUAUUAGGAGGCCUAUUCGUUUGACUGUAGAACAAAAGAAGGAAAUAAUAGCUGAACAUGAAACUGGUGUCCGUGUUUGUGAUCUCGCUGCGCAGUUUGGUUUGGCGAAAUCUACCAUCUGUACAAUUCUUAAAAACAAAGCGUCAAUAAAGGCAGCUGACGUGGCUAAAGGAGUGACACUUUUGACGAAGCAAAGAACUCAAAUUCUAGAAGAGGUCGAGAAAUUAUUAUUGUUAUGGGUUAAUGAAAAAGAGCUUGCUGGUGGUGGUGUUAAUGCGGCUGCAGUUUGUGAAAAGGCAAAGAAGUUGCAUAGUGAUUUGGUAGCCAACACACAGACUGCAAAUAGUGUUGAACGUGAACAUUUUAAAGCCAGCAGAGGCUGGUUUGAUAAUUUUCUCAAGCGAAGCGGAAUUCGUAGCAUUAAGCAUGACGAGGAUGUUGCGAGUUUAAAUAAAAGGGCUGCAGAGAAAUUUGUUGGACAAUUUGCAAAGUUUGUGAAAAGUGAAGGCUAUCUUCCAAAUCAAGUGUUUAAUUGUGGCGAAGUCGGGUUGUUUUGGCGAAAGAUGCCAAAAAGAACCUCCCUCACUAAAGAGGAGAAGGCACGGCCUGGACACAAGCCAAUGAAAGACAAGCUCACACUUUUAUUAUGUGCGAAUGCAAGUGGUGAUUGUCAAAUCAAGCCACUUUUAGUCUACCACUCUGAAAAUCCUCGUGCAUUUAAGAGCAAUCAUGUGAUAAAGGCCAAUCUGCCUGUGAUCUGGAGAGCAAAUGCUAAAACCAGGGUUACAAGAAUCCUUUUCGUGGAGUGGGUGGCCAAGGUCUUUGCACCAGCUGUCAAGAUGUAUCUUCAGGAGAAUGGUUUGCCCCUUAAAUGUCUUCUUGUCAUGGAUAAAGCUCCUGCUCAUCCCCCAGGCUUGGCAGAAGACCUGGACAUCGAAUACGACUUCAUAAAAGUCAAAUUUCUGCCAUCCAAUACAACUCUAUUGCUUCAGCCCAUGGGUCAGCAGGUCAUUUGUAAUUUCAAGAAAUUGUAUACGAGGGCACUUAUCUUGAGAUGUUUUCAGGUCACAAAGGGCACCGAUUUGACCCUGACAGUUUUUUGGAGGGACCACUUCAAUAUUUUCCACUGCAUCAACAUUAUUGAUGAGGCCUGGAGAGAGGUCUCUUAUCGUACCUUACAAUCUGCUUGGAAGAAACUUUGGCCAACUUGCGUGCCAGAGAGAGACUUCGAGGGCCUCGAUAAUGAGGAGGCGGCCGUCGUGGAUGAUAUCGUGUCCAUUGGCAAAAGUAUGGGCUUAGAGGUUGACAGACAAGAUGUGGAGGAACUGGUAGAGGAACAGGUGGAGGACCAACACAAAGAACUCACCACAAAAGACCUUCUUGAGCUGCAGAGUGAACAGGUUAAAAGCUCAUAGGCAGGAGUAUUCAUCGGAAGAUGAAAUCGCUAGCACCAUGAUAGAAGAAAUGUGCUCUGUGUUGAAGUGCAAACGUUUUUUUUCUCUCUCUCUCUCUCUCUCAAACCUGUCCUAUUCGGCUGUUAGGUCAAGCACAAUGGAGACGCUGUAUCCCUUUUAUGCCAGAACAGUUACACUGUGCCACAGUUGAGUUUUUAUGCUGCCACUGUGGUUCUUUGUAUUUUGAAGGAUAUUUAUUAAAAAUUUCAGUCGGACAGAAUUAGUUUUUAAAGCAGAGUGGCAGGGGGGAGAGUGAGAAGAUAACUAAAUUACACAGGAAGAGAAUACAACAAAAGACAGCACACUCGCUGUAAGAAAGAUAAGCAAAAUAAGUCAUAUGUAUAGUACAAUGACACAUUACAUUCAAAUAUUGUAUGGAGCAGGAGUGCUACACCCUUUGAGGGAAGGAUAAGACAAUAUAGGACAGGACUGGACAGAACAAGGAAAGGACAGGAGGGGAAGCAUGCAGAACAGAGGUGGUGGACCCGGCUGUACAACUGAAGUGUGGUGGGAGUGGCUAUGUCAAUUUGAAACAUCUAUAGAAACGGAGUGAAUGUGAGGGAAUACCUGGGAAGUUUGUAUCGUAAUGAGUUAGAUAUAGCAAUGUGUGAGUAGCCCCACACCAAGCAAGUAAGUCCAAAGGUUGUGUGUCUGCGGACACAUGCAAGUGAACUGACACCGUCUCGCAUGCACAAUAACCCUCACAAGUGGGAGCUGAGGGCCCCACCCCAUCCAUCCGAGAGGCGGGGCUGGGCCUAGGGGCCCACCCAAGAGUGGCCUGGUGGAUGGGAUACUAAUCACACUGAGGGACCCGGGCCAGUCCCCCUCCCCACUGACAGGGACUGCCAAUGUAGCCAGCCCCCGACCAGCCAGAGGGCGAGACAGUGUCCCCCGCUUGGUGGACAUGAAGGCGGAUAGAGGCACCAAACAGGGGAAUGACAAUGGGGGGCACACCAGAGAGCAGCCCCGGGGCAUGAGAGGGGAGUCCCCCCAUGUUAAUAUGACUGUCAGGUCCCCGACUGGCAGUCAUUGGGCCUACCAAAUGCACAAUUGGCCCCCGAGUGUUGACCCUCGCCCUCCCAGAGAUCAGUGUAUGUAAUACAAUUUUUAAAAGGGGAUGAGUGUGUGUAAGGCAUUAAAAGACCUGGGGGGCAGGAAGGGCGGAGGAGCAAAGCAUCUAGACCGGGAACCAGCACUUCGGGAACCUUUUUCUUUCCCAAAUCUUAAAACGGUGACCAAAGAAGCAGUUAACAUGGUAAAUGACAAUGUGAUGUCCCACUUAGGGGGGGAAAAAAAAGCUUGAAGGGAAAAAAAGAUGUUUCUCUCUGUUGAUUUCUUGUGCCCAAACCAGCCUGUGAAUUAUAAAAGAAAUAGAAGACAAAAAAAAAACAUGGUAUGGAACAAGACUCUCCUUCAAAAGACUACUAAAUGCAUUAUGAACAUUUUUUGUUUUUUCUUCAUAAUGUAAUAAAGUGUUUACAUUU